CAAAAUCCUCGAUUUUGUCUGAAUUUCUUUUUGCAAUUCAUCGAUUAAUCUGACUAUACCAAGAAGUUACAGUCUCUUCAUGAUUUAUUGCCACCAAUAUCCACAAGAUUCAACGCGUCCGACCUUCAUUAUUCAGAAAUUGGACCUCUCGGCCUCGUCCCAUUCGGCGAAACCAAAUCAGAAAUCCCUCAAAUUCUCGAAGAAUCACCCUCCUUCCUCGGAUCUUUCGCCGGCGACCGCCAUCUUCUCGAAAAAUCAACCCCUUUUCCGUUGGCGUCCUACCCUCUGCCAUCGACGAGGACUCGCAAGAACCCCUGCCGAGCCCUCCUCACCGCCAUCGCAGGACGCACGCCAUUCGUCGCCGGGAAGCCGAGAGCUCCGGCUACCGGAGGACGCCUCUGCAAACAGUCGCCCGUCCCACACGAAAUUCCCGCUCGCAAGCAGCACACCGCGAGCAGUCCCCGAACCUGCCGCCGAGACGUCCCCGAGCAAUUGUUUCUGUCCGAUCAUCGCAGCAACCCAUCCCAUCGCUAUCCGUUCAAGCGAGCCUUCUCCACGAACGAAGCCUUGUUGCUGUCCGCCAUCGCCAAGAGCUUGCGGGCCGUCCGAAGCCGUCCCGUUCUCCGUUUGUUGCUGAAGAACAGCGGCAGCCCUUUCACGAGCAACGCGUGUUCGAGAGAUUUCGAGACUUCGAGGUCUCCAUUUGUUCCGUUCGUUUUAUCCGAUUUCAACCGAGCGUGUAGAUUCCCGAAGGAAGGUUUAGAUAUGGAUCUGGAGACGGAAAAUAGAAUAGCUGCCAUUCUCUUGAAGGAGGCUGCUGAAUUGCGCAGGCAGGCUCAGAGGGAAGGUGCACUUGCUUACCUUCGUCAGCCUACUGCAAGAAGUAGGCCCAAUUCUCGGUUUCUGACAGCAACUGUUCGUGGAGUUCAACAAGCUAACCGUGUUGUCGAGGUAAAUGAGAUGUGGCGGCUAAGGGAGAAACAAAUAGAGCUGGACAAUAGGCUUAGUGGAGCAAGAAAUGAAAGCAACACAAAUAGAAAUUGCAAGGUCACAAGUGAAUUUUCUAGAAGGAGUAGAAGCAGCAGCAGCUGCAAUGAACCGGAAUCAUGUAGAAUUGCCACUCUCUCUUCAAAGAAGAGAGAUAUUCAGAAUCUUGAUCCAACAGAGGAUGAAGGUUUAAGGGAUGAUGAGGUCGACGAAUUUCUAAAUUCCAGAGCUAAGAGGGGUCGGGGAGCAGUUGGAUCACGAAUGGAUGAAACUGGUCCAUACCUACCUUCAUGUCCAGUUUCAAAACCAAGCUUUUCAGAAAGUUCUAUUGAGGAGAAGAAGAAAGUUUUGCUUGGGCCCCUGAAGCCUCAUCAAUUGAAGUCUGUUGAAUCUUCUGAUGAUGAAUCAGAUGAAGAUAGGAGGAGGAAGGCAAAGAGAGGCUCGGACAAGGGCCACUCAAAGAAACACAAGUCGAAAGAUAAGUCGAGAGAUAAGAAGAAAAAGAAGAGGAAGGACAAAAAGCAUAAAUAUCAUUAAGUGCACAUCAAAUGUAGUUUUAAGUGUUGUUGUGUUUGUUCCAAUGGACACACAAGAUUUCGUGGGCUUGAUUUUGGGGAAGAUCUUCCAAAUUUAUUGCCAUGAGUGUGUUGUUCGUCUUCUUGUCCCGAUGUUGCGUUGUGUAUUACGCCGAAAUGGAAAUAAUUUUAUGAUCUUUUCACAAAAUCAAGUGAACUUACUGGUUAUUCCCUUGGAAAUUUUAUUCGCAU